UAUCACUUCUUUAUCUGUCUCCUCUUUCCUAUAAAAAUCGCCAUUCUGCAAGUUUUAAUGUUUGUAUGUGUAUAAAUCUAAUUUUUCUAGAGAGAGAAGGUUUAGAAAAGGAGAGAUAAAUCUUGCUUCAAUUCUGGAGAGAGAAAGCUGUGGUUUUUAGAAAGAGAAAGCUUCUCUUAGCGGUCGUUGUCUCUCUCGCUCUGGUUCUCUGAUCUCUCUGCUUUGUUUAUGAGAUCUAGCGUUAAUUAGGUGAUAUUUGAGCAUUUCUAAGCGAAAACGGGGCUGUUAAGAUGUCCUCUCUCAGUAGAGAGCUUGUGUUCUUGAUCCUGCAGUUUCUUGAUGAGGAAAAGUUCAAAGAGACUGUUCACAAGCUUGAACAGGAAUCUGGGUUUUUCUUUAAUAUGAAGUAUUUUGAGGAUGAGGUGCACAGUGGUAAUUGGGAUGAGGUGGAGAAGUAUCUCUCUGGUUUCACAAAAGUCGAUGAUAAUCGAUACUCAAUGAAAAUCUUUUUCGAGAUUAGGAAGCAAAAGUAUCUUGAAGCAUUGGAUAAGCAUGAUCGUUCCAAGGCAGUGGAUAUAUUGGUAAAGGAUUUGAAAGUGUUUGCCACAUUCAAUGAGGAGCUUUUCAAGGAAAUCACUCAGCUAUUGACGUUGGAGAAUUUCAGGGAGAAUGAGCAACUAUCCAAAUACGGAGACACAAAGUCUGCAAGAGCAAUUAUGUUGGUGGAGCUCAAGAAGCUUAUUGAGGCAAACCCCCUGUUUCGCGAUAAAUUGCAGUUUCCUAACCUUAAAAAUUCAAGGCUGCGGACUCUCAUUAACCAAAGCUUGAAUUGGCAACAUCAACUUUGUAAAAAUCCAAGGCCAAAUCCAGACAUUAAAACUCUCUUUGUGGACCAUUCAUGUGGGCAACCAAAUGGUGCUCGGGCUCCAUCACCUGCAAACAAUCCACUGCUUGGAUCCUUACCAAAAGCUGGAGGGUUUCCUCCUCUUGGUGCACAUGGGCCAUUCCAACCUACAGCACCUGUUCCAGCGCCUCUUGCAGGUUGGAUGUCUAAUCCUUCCACUGUAACUCAUCCAGCAGUUUCUGGAGGAGGAGCCAUUGGCCUUGGUGCUCCAUCAAUCCCAGCUGCUCUGAAGCAUCCAAGGACUCCUCCAACUAACCCUUCUGUCGACUAUCCAUCUGGAGAUUCUGAUCAUGUUGCAAAACGAACAAGGCCUAUGGGCAUUUCUGAUGAGGUCAAUUUGCCGGUUAAUGUGUUGCCAGUAUCAUUUCCAGGACAUGGUCAUGGUCAGACUUUUAAUGCCCCAGAUGACUUGCCAAAGACUGUUGCUAGGUCUUUGAAUCAGGGAUCAUCUCCUAUGAGCAUGGAUUUCCAUCCUGUUCAACAGACUCUUCUUCUAGUUGGUACCAAUGUGGGUGAUGUUGGGCUGUGGGAAGUUGGUUCUAGGGAACGACUGGUGUUAAGAAACUUCAAAGUUUGGGAUCUUAGUACUUGUUCAAUGCCUCUGCAGGCGGCUCUAGGGAAAGAUCCUGUUGUGUCUGUGAACCGUGUGAUUUGGAGUCCUGAUGGUUCCUUAUUUGGAGUUGCAUACUCGAGGCACAUUGUACAAAUAUAUUCUUACCAUGGUGGUGAUGAUGUAAGGCAGCACUUGGAGAUUGAUGCUCAUGUUGGCGGAGUAAAUGAUCUUGCAUUCUCCAACCCUAAUAAGCAACUUUGUGUAAUAACUUGUGGUGAUGACAAGACCAUCAAGGUAUGGGAUGCUGCUACUGGUACAAAACAGUAUACUUUUGAAGGACAUGAGGCUCCUGUUUAUUCUGUCUGCCCUCACUAUAAGGAAAACAUUCAGUUUAUUUUUUCAACUGCAUUGGAUGGGAAGAUAAAGGCAUGGUUGUAUGACAAUUUGGGAUCUCGAGUUGAUUAUGAGGCUCCUGGUCGCUGGUGCACAACCAUGGCUUACAGUGCUGAUGGUACAAGGCUUUUUUCAUGUGGGACAAGUAAAGAGGGGGAGUCGCAUAUUGUUGAGUGGAAUGAAAGUGAAGGUAAUGUGAAAAGGAGCUAUCUAGGUUUCCGCAAACGUUCUUUGGGUGUUGUGCAAUUUGAUACAACAAAGAACCGGUUUUUGGCUGCUGGUGAUGAUUUUUCUAUCAAGUUCUGGGAUAUGGACAAUGUUCAACUUUUGACGUCAAUUGAUGCUGAUGGAGGCCUUCCAGCAAGUCCACGUAUCCGCUUCAACAAAGAUGGCACUCUCUUGGCAGUUUCUGCCAAUGAGAAUGGUAUUAAAAUAUUGGCAAAUUCCGAUGGUCUUAGAUUGUUGCGGUCAUUUGAGAAUCUCUCUUAUGAUGCCUCACGAGCAUCUGAAACAGUUACGAAGCCUAUAAUUAGCCCAAUCUCAGCAGCAGCGGCAGCAGCAGCAGCUGCUGCAACUAGUGCUGGACUUGCAGAUAGAAAUGCUUCUAUGGUUACUAUUCCUGGAAUGAAUGGCGAUGCUCGGAACAUGGGAGAUGUGAAACCUAGAAUAAAUGAAGAAUCCAAUGACAAAUCGAAGAUAUGGAAGCUCACUGAAAUUAAUGAACCAUCUCAAUGUCGAUCCUUAAGGCUUCCUGAAAACUUGAGAGUGAACAAGAUAUCAAGGUUAAUUUAUACAAAUUCAGGUAAUGCCAUUUUGGCAUUAGCAUCAAAUGCAAUUCAUCUUCUAUGGAAGUGGCAACGAAGUGACCGUAAUUCAACUGGCAAGGCAACUGCCAAUGUGUCCCCUCAAUUAUGGCAACCAUCAAGUGGCAUUCUGAUGACCAAUGACAUUACUGACACUAACCCUGAAGAGGCUGUCCCAUGCUUUGCUUUGUCCAAAAAUGAUUCUUAUGUUAUGUCAGCAUCUGGAGGAAAGAUUUCCCUUUUCAAUAUGAUGACAUUUAAGACAAUGACAACUUUCAUGCCACCACCACCUGCAGCAACAUUUCUUGCUUUUCAUCCUCAAGAUAAUAAUAUUAUUGCUAUUGGCAUGGAUGAUUCCACAAUUCAGAUCUAUAAUGUUCGUGUAGAUGAGGUCAAGAGUAAGCUCAAAGGCCACUCUAAAAGAAUAACGGGCCUUGCCUUCUCCCAUGUUCUGAAUGUGCUAGUUUCAUCGGGAGCAGAUGCUCAACUUUGUGUAUGGAACUCUGAUGGAUGGGAAAAGCAGAAGACAAGAUUCUUGCAAGUUCCACCUGGGAGGACAACAACUGGACAAUCAGACACACGUGUACAAUUUCAUCAGGACCAGAUACAAUUUCUGGUUGUACAUGAGACUCAGCUUGCAAUAUAUGAAGCAACUAAACUAGAGUGUCCAUGUCCAAAGCAGUGGGUCACACCUGAAUCUUCCGCACCAAUCUCUCAUGCAACAUUCUCAUGUGAUAGUCAGCUGGUAUAUGCUAGCUUCUUAGAUGCAACAGUCCGUGUGUUUAGUGCUCAAAAUUUGAGACUACGUUGUCGCAUCAAUCCUUCCUCUUAUCUUCCUGCUAAUGUCAGCAGUUCUAAUGUCCACCCACUUGUGAUUGCUGCACAUCCACAAGAAUCAAAUCAGUUUGCAUUGGGACUAUCUGAUGGUGGGGUUCAUGUCUUUGAACCCCUUGAAUCUGAAGGCAAAUGGGGAGUGCCGCCUCCUGCUGAGAAUGGGUCAGCAAGCAGUGCUGCUCCUCCUGUUGGACCUUCAGGUUCAGACCAAGCCCAGAGAUGAUCUAUUCUCUGCCAGAGCGCAAGUUCUUUUACAUACUUGGCUUGCUGGCCUACUCCUAAGUUAGUUUGACGUUCAUGAUGUGUAAUUUACUCAAGGACCAACUUGCAACAGAUGUAGAUUAAGCAUGUUUUGUUAGAUACUGUGUAAGGUAAAUGCUGUAGGAACAUUGUUAGUAAAUGCUUUUCACCAUUUAGAAAAAUAUAUCUUGAACAUUUAUUUAUUUAUUUAUUUUGUUCUGUGUUUAUUGUCUUUCCUUUCAAUUGUUCAAUAGUAUGAAAAUUUUAUCUUUUGACCUGAACCCUUGGCAUCCUCAAAUUUUAUCUAUGUAUGGAAAACUCUUAUGUUUAUUUUCUCA